UUAAACGUUAUGUUUAAUUAUCCGAAAUGAAUGUGAGCAACAGAUUCCGUCAUGUUUAUCAGAGUAUUAGUAGAUUUGUGUGUGGAUUGGAGAUUAGCAGCGGGAUUGUGUGUGUAGGUUUAGUUUCUUGUGUUUUAACUGCAGUUGCCGGUUACUUUAAUAUCUCAGCAGAUCAUCUGAGCCUGGAGUCCAGCGUGUUUCACCGCGGCCAUGUCCACAGACUCCUCACCUACAGCUUCUACCACACGGACGUGGAGCAGCUCCUGCUGAGCGUGACCGUGCUGGCCGUGUUCUGCAGCGGUUUAGAGAAAGGAGUCGGCACGGUGCGCUUCCUGCAUCUCUUACUCCUCUUCGCCUCCUCUGUCGGCCUCCUUCACGUCCUGCUGGAGCUUCUGCUGUUUUCGGCGUCCUCCAGGAGUUCGGUGUCGGGUCUGAUUCCCGUGUCCCUCGCCAUGCUGGGCACGGUGACCAUCAGCUCCCGCAUGAGGAAGGCAUAUUUGAUGGGGGUUAACGUGCCCACCGCUGCUCUUCCGUGGCUUUUGAUGCUCAUCGUCACUCUCUUGGUCCCGAAUACCGUGUUACUCUGCAACGUCCUGGCUGUAGUCACGGGGCAGAUGUAUGGCAUGGGCUGGUUUAGGUUGGUGGAGAUCUCCGAGUCCAGAGCGUGCUUGCUCGAGAAGAAGUCCCCGUUUAAGUGGAUGAAGAAGAUGCCUGGUGUGCAGUUCGUCCCUGCGUCUGCAGAGGAGCGCAGGAAGAUCCUUCACACCACAUGCAGCCCACCACCGGGGUCUUACCCUGUGCAGGCGUAUGCUCCCGCGCCCACGUUCACUACAGGAACCUCACCCAUCACUCUCGAUGGGUGGCCGCACUCAGCGUUCAUCCAGCAGGGCUACGCAGUACCGUCACUAAACUCCGGGAACGGCUUCGUACCCAGGUUCGAAUCAAGCCAUGGGCAUCAAGGACACGGGCAUUCCCAUGAAUGCGGACAUGGACAUAGCCACGGACAUGGACACGGUCAUCAGCACACAGCGGGCAGUUCGGGGAUGCCAGUGGGUCCUUAUGCCCAUCCCCAUUUUGGACCACCUGUAAAUAUGGCUGCACGGCCUUUUGGUGCUUCGCCACACGUAACGGUUCACGCCACAGCUCAGGCUUCUUACUCGGGGCAUCCCAAGCCUCCGAGUAACCCGGUAACCUAGGCAACGUUCAGCAUAAAUUAACACGAAUUCAAACGUUUUAUAAUAAAUAAGUAUUAAAUAAA